CCCUGGCCGUGCCGCAGCCCCGCCUGCCCGCCGCGCCACCAACCAUGCGGCAGCCGCUCUACCGCUGCUACAACAUCACCUCCGUGGAGAAGGGCUACUCGGCGACCAUGGGCGGGGUGCUUUUCAGCGCGGGCCUCCUGGGCAACCUGCUGGCGCUGGGGCUGCUGGCUCGCUCGGGGCUGGGGUCUUGCCCGCGGCGCACGCCGCCCUCGGUCUUCUACGUGCUGGUGUGCGGCCUGACGGUCACAGACUUGCUGGGCAAAUGCCUCGUGAGCCCCUUCGUGCUGGCCGCUUACGCGCAGAACCGGAGCCUGUGGGGACUGGCGCCCGCGUCGGACAGCUCGCUGUGCCAAACCUUCGCCUUUUUCAUGUCUUUCUUUGGGCUCGCCUCCACGCUGCAGCUCCUGGCCAUGGCCCUGGAGUGCUGGCUCUCCCUGGGGCACCCCUUCUUCUACCGACGGCACAUCACCCUGCGCCGCGGCGCGCUGGUGGCGCCCGUCGUGGGCGCCUUCUGCCUGGCUUUCUGCGCGCUGCCCUUCGCGGGCAUCGGGAAGUUCGUGCAGUACUGCCCCGGCACCUGGUGCUUCAUCCAGAUGGUGCACGAGGAGCGCUCGCCGUCGGUGCUGCGCUACUCAGUGCUCUACGCCAGCCUUAUGGCCCUGCUGGUCCUCGCCAUCGUGCUGUGCAACCUGAGCGCCAUGCGCAACCUCUACGAGAUGCACCGGCGGCUGCGGCGGCGCCCGCGCUCCGGCACCAGGGACCGCGCGGAGCCGGGCGCGGGCGAGAAGGAGGCGGCUGUGAAGCCCCUGGAGGAGCUGGACCACCUGCUGUUGCUGGCCCUCAUGACGGUGCUCUUCACUCUGUGCUCCCUGCCUUUAAUAUAUCGUGCUUACUAUGGAGCAUUUAAGGCGGUCAAUGAGGAAAACGGCACCUUUGAAGAAAUGGAAGACCUCCGAGCCUUGCGUUUUCUAUCUGUAAUCUCCAUUGUGGACCCUUGGAUUUUCAUAAUUUUCAGAACACCAGUAUUUCGGAUGUCUUUUCACAAGAUUUUCAUAAGGCCUCUUAUGUACAGAAAUUGGUAUAGCAAUUCCUGCCGAACUAACAUGGAGUCCAGUCUGUGACAGUGUUUUACCAUCCAGUCUCUGGUAAGCUGAGGAAUAUGUCACAUCUUCUGUCAAAGAACCAUGAUUUUAAAAAAAAAUUUACAAUUUAAAAGCUAUCUCCCAUAACAAAACAUCUAAAUGUGUUUUCAGAAGUAUUUGAUAACAUCUUUAACAAUCUGUGGUCACUCUAGUCAUGAACCAGUUCAGUCGAUUUUUUCAUCUUGAGUUAUGAACAGCAACUACAAUUUCAUGUAGUGUAACCAACGUUAACAGUCUUCAAGCGAGGAUAUUAAUUGUUCCAACAUUUGGGCGUUGCGUCCCUAAUGUUUUAGAGAGAAUAAUGACACUUCUGGGUGUUUAUUUGGAUUCCGGUAGAAGCACCAUUAUUUACAAUUAUGUGAUGUGUGUUCUUAAAAUUUCUUAUCCUAUUCAUUUCUGGUGAAACCUGAUUUGUUUAUUUUGUAUCCUAAUUGCCUGAAUUAUAGAUGCUCCGCAGAGAAGUGAGGUGGGAAGUACAGCCAGGUCAGGGUUUGGACAGGCCUUUGCCAGCCACCCUCUGGAAUGGUGCUCACUGCUUCAUGUGGAGAGGUGGUCCAUAAAUAAGUAGACAUGAGGCAAGAUGUGACUGUGGUCCCCAGCCUAGAGAAGAAAAACUAGUUUUUAUCUUUUGAAGUCUAGUAUUCAGGUAGGGAUGUCAGUAGGAAUCGAAAUUUGGGAGUGGGUUACAAAAUGUUUCAAUUUUUGGAAACUUUAUUUUAUAUGUUUAUCAUAUUGAUGGAUUCUUUGUGGGAGGGAUUUAUGUUUCUUUGAAAAAUGGUGACAUAUGACUUCCCAGAGAGUCGUGUUCACUGCGUUUGGCUGUGUGAAGCAGCAGGGCAUUUGGCACAGAGAAAAGCCCACCCAGGACUCCCCUAACCUCAAUUGAGGAUCAUGUCAACAACCUUAACAUCCACCUAUUAACAGCCAUAUUUUGCUCUUUGUGGGAACUGUAAGAUCAUAUUGAGGUCCCUGAGAGCUAUGCUUUCAAAAGUGGAGCAGGAUGUGGCUCAGAUGGAGCACAAGUGAGCACUUUAAUCGUAUGUUUAAAUGUUUACAAAGGUUAGCAACACUAUGGCCAAAAGGGAAAUGUGGGGGAAAUAUGGUUGCAGCUAAUAAGCCAAACAAAAACCUCUAAAUCCAGCUUGUAGGUAAGAACUUGCACUUUUGGUAAAAGAACACUUGGGGACUGUCAGGUUUCAUCACCUCUGGGGUCCUUUUGUACCCCAACACACUCAGAGACUCUGAGCUGGAAAUCUGGCUACAUUUGAAUAGUCCCAAGAUCCCCACUCAGCCAUCCCUUCCAAAGACAAGAGUGUUUGUCUUAUUUCCAGUUUAGCAGCAACCCCAUUUUUCAUCUCUGGUUAUCUCAGAGAUGUAUUAACCUGGAUAUAUAUGUGUGUUUGUUUGUUUUUGGUAUAGCAGAACUGUGAAAUGACCAAAUUAGGAAUAUACAAGUUGUAAUUUGAGAGGAUGACUUCAUGAAAAAUGCAUUUGUUCUCAAGUUUAACUUUCAUUUGUAUAUUUAAUGGGUAAAUACAUAUGUGUUUUAUUUUCAGAGGAGAUGCCUCUU